AUGUUGUCGACACAGACUUCCUUUCAACCAAUCUAUGGAAAAUUAUCUGAUAUUUUUGGUCGCAAAGCAACAUUCUUAGUUGCAAUUACCAUCUUUGAAGUAGGUGAUGUUAUAAUUGGUCUCGUCUUAAUUAUAAUUACAGAUAUUGUAAGCUCUAAAGAUCGAGGAAAAUACCAGGGCACUAUUAGUGCAUGCUAUGGUGUUGCUUCCGUUGUAGGCCCACUCUUGGGUGGUGCUAUUACUGAUCAUGUCAGUUGGAGAUGGUGUUUUUUCAUUAAUCCUCCUUUAGGUGUAAUAACGAUAAUCGUUGUAGUUAGGUUUCUUCAUUUACCAAAACCACCCGGUUCGUUACUUGAUAAAAUUAAAAGAGUUGAUAUUAUUGGUACCAUUCUAAUAAUCUCAUCAACUGUUUGUAUCUUAUUACCGCUUAAUUGGGGUGGCAGUACUUAUCCUUGGAAUAGUCCCGUGAUUAUAAUACUUUUAUGUGUCGGCGCACUCGGUUACAUAAUAUUCGGUCUCGUUGAGCAUUAUAUCGUUACUGAACCCGUAGCUCCAUCUACACAAUCCGGAUUAGAGUUCAUGCCUUACCUUCUUGGUGUGGUAGUUUUCUUACUUCUGACCGGUCAACUAUUCUCUCGAACAGACAAAAUACAGUUUCGAUUAGUGACUUUAAUUGCUUCGGCAUUGACAAUAAUUGGUGCCGGAUUAACCAUUAUAUGGAGAGAAAAUACUGGAUAUGGUGAAUAUAUAGGAUACAUGUUAAUUGGCGGUAUUGGAAUGGGUGUAGGUCUUCAAGUUAUUAUAUUAUGCGUCCAAAGAUUGGUUGAGCCGAAGGAUAUAGCUUCGGUUACUACAUUAUCAUUUUUCUUUAGUAACAUUGGGGGUGUUUUUGGAAUCGCAAUGUCAGGAACAGCAUUUAAUAAUAGACUUUCUCAAGAAUUAAGUACUUUAACUUUACCUCCAUCUUUUUCAACACAAUCCGUAUACACUAUACAAUCAUUACCACCAGAUACACAGCCAUUGGUAAUUCACGCUUAUGUGUUAGCAUUUCAAUUCACUUUUGCACUUUUCACAAUAUAUAGUGCGUUAAUGUUUAUUUCAGCGUUGUUUAUGGGAAAUAGUAAACCAAUACAUAAGGAUGGAGAAAAAAUGGUUUCUGUAUUUGAAUAA